AUGCUGAAGAAUAUGCUACUCAGCCAACGACUACCGUACCCUAAAGAUCCUACGUAUCUCACCGCGAAAAUGAUUGGAGAUGUCCAAUCUCUACUGCGCGGCGGGGAAAAGACCGAUAAAGAGAGCCCAUUAAUAAGUGGAAUGAAAAUAUUAAAUAAAAAGACUGUAAAACCCAGCACGUCCAGUUCAAAGCGACCUGAAGGAAUGGCUCGUGAGCUAUAUAAUUUAAUAUCAAAUAAGGACUUAUCAGCAGUUAUGCCGACGGAUAUGAGAAAAACAUAUCAAAAUCCAAAGUUUAAGAUGGGAUUUCGAGCAGUGAGAAAGUAUAAAUGGGUGCCAUUUACAAAUGAGGGGAGAUCUGAUGGUUUGCAACUUUACCACUGGCAAAGGGUUGACAAAAUAAAUCAGAACGAGCCUUAUCCUUUCGCAAAACUUAAUAAGGUUAUUGACAUACCGACAUAUACAGACGAAGUAUACGAAGAAUACUUAAAAUGUAAAAGUUGGUCUCGUGAAGAAACUGAUUAUCUGUUCGAAGUUUGUCGACAGUUUGAUAUUCGAUGGCCAAUUGUUUUGGAUCGCUACGAUAUGAAGAAGUUCGGUGUAACAAGGAGUAUGGAAGAUCUCAAAGAUCGGUUCUACUCCAUUUUAUAUGAACUUGCAUUGAUACAAGAUCCAAAUUCGACGCCCGUGGCUUAUGAUGCAGAUCAUGAAAAGAGAAGAAAAGAACAAUUAUGCAAGCAAUGGGAUAGAACGAAAGAACAGUUAAAAGAAGAAGAAGAGCUGAUGGCCGAGAUGAGAAGAAUUGAGCAACGAAAGAAAGAACGCGAACGAAAGGCACACGAUCUUCAGAAACUCAUCAAUAUGUCCGAACAGCCAGCAAGUCCGUCGACAAUGGGAAAUUCGUCGGCAAACGCAAUGGCGAAGAAGAAGAGCGCAUUCCGCAUCAAAACGGGCUCUGUUUCCUCAUCUUCUCAUGCAGUUUUCAACCCGCUCGAUAUUAGUGUAACUGCGUUGAGAUUCUCCGAAUUCAAAUCUUCUGGCGCCCAUCUUCGCAGCCAAGAAAUGAAGUUGCCAACAAAUAUUGGUCAAAAGAAGCUCAAGAAUAUCGAGAUUGUUCUGGAAAAGAGCAAUAUGGAAAUGAAUCCAUUCGGUCACGAGGAUAUCAUGAAAAUAUAUAAUGAUUUCCGUUCGCAGAUUAUGCUACUUCAAGAGCUGAAAUCGGCUUUACAAACAGCAGAAUUCGAGUUGGAAAGCUUAAGAAGUCGAAUGCAAGAAAAUGGAAAGGAUUUUGAAAUCGAACCAAAAAUGCGGGUUUCCAAUCUGGUUGAAGGCGGGUUGGAUAUAAGUAUGAUUGGAAGCGAAGGGUGUCCUCAGACAAUCCGGCGAAUCACUUCCUAUAUCGAUGUUAAUCAAAAAGAUAUCGUUUCGAUGGCAUCGAGAAAACGAAAAAUUCCAUCAGCUGUGCUGACACCGGUUCCGAGCGAUAUGAAGAGGCGGAGAUUUUGA